GUGGAUGUGUUCGACAUUCAGUGGAAUCAAUCGUUUCUUUAUAUUGUGAUAGAGAAAUGAAAUCCUUCUCUGAUGCUUUGCUCCCUAUUUUCUUCUUUCUCUUGAUAUUCAGCAUUACUGAUGCAAGAAAAGAUUUGGGUGAAUAUUGGAGAGAAGUCAUGAAAGAUCAACUCCUACCAGAACCAAUACAAGAGCUUCUUCAAGCUUCUCCAGCCUCAUCAGCCUCUCAUGAGAAAAAUGAUUGUCGCAUUAGUAAGAAUUUUCAGCCGAGACCUGAUCUUUCAAUUUAUCAUGAUGAUAUUAGUUUCAAAGGAAAGAAGCCAUUAGAUAAAGAAUCAUUUGCUAAUAAGUUUGAAUCAAGACCUGAUGUGACCAUACCAUAAUGAUGCAAUUCUUAAAGAAGAGAAGCCUUCAGAAAAGACAUCCUUAAUUUACCAAGGAUAAUCAAGAAGAUUAGCUAUGAUCAAGUUAUAUGAUUUAAUAUGUUGUUAUGCAAUUUAUAACAUAUUUGAAUAAGCUGUCCUGAGAGUUCCUGUUCUGUUCAAGAUAUGUAAGAAAUCUUUGUAUGAUAUAAUGUAAGGAAAAUGAACCCAUGUGUUAGAUAGUGCGCUUGAUAUUUUCAUGGCCAAUGUAUAAAGAGAACCAAUGGCCUAUGUUGUGAGUGUAUUCAUGAUAUUCUGCAUGUUCUCACCUCUAUAAUUCUCUCUUUUUAUUUUGUUUUCUGCUAAAAAUUUAGAGGAA